CAGGUCACCCAGGAUAAAGAAGAAAUAAAUAAAAAAAUACAAUAUGUUGUAGUAAUAAAUACAUAUAGUCAAAAAGAAAAAAUUGGCGGUCUAAUAGGAAAAUCGCACAAGAUCCUUUUCGCUCGAAAUGGCAUUCGCUCGAAGCCGCUCAAUCUAACAUUCGCUCGAAAUGUUGCAUUCGCUUGUAUUGUAAAGAACGUUGAUUGGUUCCCGUCGGGAGGCUAGGCGAGGCGGCCAUUGUAUUAAUGUUGUUGUCUAAAGCGUAGGCCUAGGCUAGGCUAAACGAGUUACUGUAAUAUUAUAAUGAGUAAGUCUCAGCAAGUACAGCAACCAAGUCUAACCACGGAAGAAACAAAAGUAAUUUUGACAGCUGUCCUUGAGGCUUUCUCCAACCAUGCCAACAGAAGUCAGAUGGAAGAGGUACGGGAUGCUGCUGGUAAUGACAUGAUGAAAAUGAUGCAAACAGUGUUUCCCGUAGCAACUCAGAUCCAGCAGCAAGUUAUUCAGAAGUAUGGAUUCACAGCUGAUGGAGAAGGUGCUAUAAAAUUCACACAAGAAGUAAGACGAUUCGAACAUCAAGACCCAGAGAUUGCAAGUUUAGCCCAACGCUUAAAAGCCAUAUUCUUACCACCUCUACCAGUGAAUCAACCAGCAAGUUAGCUUUAAAUACAAGGCAUUCUAUUAUUUAUUUGACAAUUAAAGUUGAAUGCUGUUAAUAUUUCGUGUCUUUUUUAAUUUUCUCUCAGCUCCCUCUGCCUGUACAGCUCUGCAUGUCGACCAUGACAUGCCGAGUGGACGAGCGGUAAGGAAGGGGCUACAGUAGGCCUAACUGCAGCCUUACAAUGGCACCGGUUCAAGAUGCUCCUUGUCAAAUGAUUUGCAGGACCAGUAGUAAGCAAAAUAGUUGGCUCCCUGUUAUGAGCUACAAUUCCCUAUAAAACUGGCUUCAUUUUCAUUUAAAUUGCUAUUGAUUCAGUGCCAAAUAUAGAGCUAUUUUUCUUUAUAUUGUUAAUGUCAGUUUAUACUGUACUGUAAGGAUUUUUUUUUCUGUUGUGCAAGUGUCUCAUCUUAAUUUUCUUCUAUAAACACGUUAUAUCGUCAUUGCGGACUUAUAAAAUCCGCAUAAACCUUAAAACUAAAAGAAAAUGCAUACUUUUGGAGUCCGUACUGAGCCCAAAAAAUCCGCAAUGAAAAUAUAACGUGUUUAUACAUUAAGUUCUACAAUGUCAUCUUUUCACAAAAACAUUUUAGUAUGCGCUAGUUGAUUUUCAAGUGAAGUAGGAAAUUAUCAUUACUGAUAUAACAAAUAAAUCAAAUAUUGUAUUUAUUAAGAUAUUUUUUUACUAAUUUUUAAUAGAGUACUUUUAAAGUAAGAAUAAAAUCCAUUGUAAAUUACGUAAGAUUUUUUUUUAAUAAGUUGUGUUAUCUGUAUUUUUUAAGAUUAUGUAAUCUUACAGAUAUGUAUUUAUAUUUUAUACAAGUUAUAUUGUUUUUUUUCUUUUCUUCUACAGGAUUUAUGGUCUACUCUAUUAUUAUAACAUUGCAAUGAAUUAAUUCAAUGAAUAUUUAGUAAACGGAUCCUACAGUGAUACCUUAAUAAUAAUCUUAUAUACAUUCAUUUUAAUCAACAUAUGCCUGUAUAUUAUGUCUACACGUACACGUUAUAAGCUUAAAUAUUGUUUUUUAUUGGCCAGAUAGGUUUGAAGCAUACUCAAUUUAGACAUUAACCUACACAUUCUCCUUCGGCAUGUUUUACCUUCCUUAUUAUUUACGAAUUAUCAAUGAGGUUUUAAUAGGCUGGCUAUUGGUGGGAUCCUUCAUUUAGAAAAGAAAUUUUCCAUGUGAUAUAUAUUUUUUUGCAAGUACAGUAGAGUAUUUGAGAAUGUACUGAGCAUUCAGCACAAAAACACAGGGCAUAUUUUCUAUUAAAUUUUCUGAUUCAUCGUCAUUAGCAGACAUAGGUAGGUAAGGGUUUGCAUCUCUAACUUGCGUCUUACCUCAAAUAAUCCUGAUGUAUUGGAUUUUACUCAAUCAGAACGAGUCCUAAUAUUAUAUACAGUAUUCCCCAAAAGGUUCCGAAUUCGUAUAUAAUUUGGUGCUCAACAUUAGAGUCUUGUUUCAGGAUCCACCUUAACAGACACUGCCAGGUCCAUGGUUUUAAAUAAGAUAAAAUCCAAGGUGUGAAAACUCGACCCACUAUAUUUUUUACCUUUUAAUAUUCUCAAAACCACUUGAAGGCGUGACAGGUACCAGAAUAACAGAAAUCUUUAUUUUAAAAUUUUAAGAUCUAAUUUUUGGUUCCUAUGCUUUCAAGCAAAUGAACCUUUAGGAUACCCUUUGUGUGUGUAUAUGUAUGUAUGCGACAUGUUGCACUGUUUUUUGUAAACAGGCAAAAGUGACUUUCCAGAUAUCUGUUCGCUAUGAACGUCCGUAUCCAAGCAAAACUGGAUAUGAUGUUGUGCCCUAUCUAAUAAUUUUCUAUUUUGACCAACAUUAAAGCCAUAACUAAUGAAAUACCCCUACCCUUAAAAAGACUAGUAAACUGUAUGAUAAGAGGAAAACAUUUAUGGAAUGUUGUUUACUUUUGUUGUCCAACUAACUGUCUCUAGGGACUUUCCUGGGUAGUAUGAACAGAAAACUUUAUCUACACUCCAAUAACUUCAAUUUUAUACUGUGGUUUGGAUAAGGUUCUGCAGACACAGCAUAGAAUUGUGUUGUGGUUUGAUAAAAAUAAACUUGAUACUUGACAGGAUAAGGCCCCAUAAAAAAUUAUUUAGUUUAUCAGCCUAUGAAAGAAAAGAAAACUGAUGAGGUAGGGAGGUUUUUUUUUUUUGUUUUUUGGGGGUUUUUUUUCCAGCCUCGCCCCCAUUUUACCGAUGUUCCAUAUGGAAACGUAUCAUUUGCUCUCCAAAGUCGCCUUAACCGUUGGAGAAAUCUGGAUUUUUUCGCAAAAGUACUUUUUGGUACAAAAUCUAGGAUUUUCUUGUAAUGGCCCAAGCGGAUUAUGUUGUAAAAAAUAUUAAUUUACCAAUUCGUGAAGAAAAAAUUUAAAAAAAUCUCUACAGUUUUGUCGGAAUACGCCGAUUAUAACAGCUCCUCAUGCCGAUUUAGAUAGGGAAUUUCAAGAAAUUUGAGGUUUUUGGCUGUUCCGAGCUCGUUUCUUGCUCCCUCACUCACAGAUUAUUUGUUUGUUCGAAUCGGCCCAAGUGGAUUCGUGGAGAGAAUAUAAUAAGAUAGAAGCUGAUAUAAAACUUAGUAUGAUUGGUUGGGAGUUUUAUUGGAAAUUAAAAUAUAAAAUCCAAUCCACGAUUGCCUUUCACAGGGUCAAAAAAUCUCUCAAGCGUGAUAGUCCGAUUCACUGGUAUGACGUUAUACUUCUGUUUGCUUGACUUGUGUUCGCAGUGUUUGACUUCUUUCUUCGUGUAAUUUGGCCUAAUUUAGUUAUCAGUUGGAUUUUGUGUGUGCUUUUAUUACCUUUAUUAAAAAACAAAUGUCCCAAGUCAAGAUACUUGCAGCAAAUAGGCUAUAUUUCUGCAAAAAAUGCAAUUUUUAGUCUGGACCGUUUGAAAAUUUCCGUAGGGGUGUACCGUAAGGCUAAGCCAAUCCCGCCAACACGAAAGUGUGGACUAGGGGAAGGGAGAUAUCAGCAUUUGUUCACUUUCCAUUGUACUAUGUGUACUGUUAAAUAUGUGUUCAAAUACAAGUUUUAACAAAA